AUGGCCCCGUGGCUGCAGGUCUGCUCCGUCUUCUUUACAGUCAACGCCUGCCUCAACGGUUCGCAGCUGGCCGUGGCCGCGGGCGGCUCCGGCCGAGCGCGGGGCGCCGACACCUGUGGCUGGAGGGGAGUGGGUUCGGCCAGCAGAAACAGCGGGCUGCACAACAUCACCUUCAGAUAUGACAACUGCACCACUUACUUGACCCCAGUGGGAAAGCACGUGAUUGCCGAUGCCCAGAACAUCACCAUCAGUCAGUAUGCGUGCCACGACCAAGUAGCAGUAACCAUUCUUUGGUCCCCAGGAGCCCUUGGCAUCGAAUUCCUAAAGGGAUUUCGGGUAAUACUGGAGGAACUGAAGUCGGAGGGAAGACAGUGCCAACAACUGAUUCUAAAGGACCCAAAGCAGCUCAACAGUAGCUUCAAAAGGACUGGAAUGGAAUCUCAGCCUUUCCUGAAUAUGAAAUUUGAAACGGAUUACUUUGUUAAGAUUGUCCCUUUUCCUUCCAUUAAAAACGAAAGUAAUUACCACCCCUUUUUCUUCAGAACCCGCACUUGUGACCUGCUGUUACAGCCAGACAACCUGGCCUGUAAACCCUUCUGGAAACCUCGCAACCUGAACAUCACCCAGCAUGGUCCAGAUAUGCAGGUGUCCUUCGACCACGCACCACACAACUUUGGCUUCCGUUUCUUCUAUCUUCAUUACAGACUCAAGCAUGAAGGACCCUUCAAACGGAAGUCCUGUAAACAGGAACAAAAUACAGAGACAACUAGCUGCCUCCUUCAAAAUGUUUCUCCAGGAGAUUACAUAAUUGAGCUAGUGGAUGAUUCUAAUACAACAAGAAAAGUGGUGCAUUACGCCUUAAAGCCAGUGCAUUCCCCGUGGGCUGGGCCCAUCAGAGCUGUCGCCAUCACGGUGCCCCUGGUCGUCAUCUCUGCAUUUGCAACGCUCUUCACUGUGAUGUGCCGCAAGAAGCAGCAAGAAAAUAUAUAUUCACAUUUAGAUGAAGAGAGCUCCGAGUCUUCCAUGCACACCACAGCACUCCCCAGAGAGCGGCUGCGGCCGAGGCCCAAGGUCUUCCUCUGCUACUCGAGUAAGGAUGGCCCGAACCACGUGAACGUCAUCCAAUGUUUCGCCUACUUCCUUCAGGACUUCUGUGGCUGUGAGGUGACUCUGGACCUGUGGGAAGACUUGGGUCUCUGCAGAGAAGGGCAGAGGGAAUGGGUCAUCCAGAAGAUCCACGAGUCCCAGUUCAUCAUUGUGGUGUGUUCCAAAGGCAUGAAGUACUUUGUGGACAAGAAGAACUCCAAGCACAAAGGAGGUGGCCAAGGCUCAGGCAAAGGGGAGCUCUUCCUAGUGGCCGUGGCCGCCAUCGCCGAGAAGCUGCGUCAAGCCAAGCAGAGUUCUUCAGCGACACUCAGCAAGUUCAUCACUGUCUACUUUGAUUAUUCCUGUGAGGGAGACAUUCCCAGCAUCCUGGAUCUGAGCACCAAGUACAAGCUCAUGGACAACCUUCCCCAGCUCUGUUCUCACCUGCACUCCAGAGACCUUGGCCUUCCAGAGCAGGGACAGUACCCUGGACAUGUCAGCAGGAGGAAUUACUUCCGGAGCAAAUCGGGCCGGUCCCUUUACGUCGCCAUUUGUAAUAUGCACCAGUUUAUUGACGAGGAACCCGACUGGUUUGAGAAACAGUUUGUUCCCUUUCAUCCUCCCCCACUUCGCUACCGGGAGCCAGUCCUAGAGAAGUUUGACUCGGGCUUGGUUUUAAAUGAUGUCAUGUGCAAACCAGGAACUGAGAGUGAUUUCUGCCUAAAGACUGUGGUGGCUGUCCCGGGGGCCUCGGCCGACAUGUACUCAGAGGGUCAGCAGUUAGGCCUGGACGAAGAUGCGGAAGCCCGGCCAAACCCGGAAGGCAGCUCUGUCCUGCGGCCCCUGUUGCACACGGUGAAGGCCGUCAGUGCCUCAGACAUGCCGCGGGACUCGGGCAUUUACGACUCAUCUGUGCCAUCUUCUGAGCUGUCCCUGCCCCUGAUGGAAGGACUCUUUACAGACCACACAGAAACGUCUUCCUUGACUGGGAGCGUGUCCUCCUCCUCAGGCCUGGGUGAGGAGGAUCCUCCUGCCCUUCCUUCCAAGCUCCUCAUCUCUGCGGCUUGCAAAGCAGAACCUGGUUGCCUCAGCUACACUGAUGAACUCCAUGCGGUCGCCCCUUUGUAACAAAACAGAAGCAACUAAGCAUUGCCACUUUAGCUUCCGCCUCUCUGGUUCCCAGCUCAUCUCUCUGGUGUGUGACCCCCCCUGGAGUGGAGGUCUUCCGCAGGAUAUUCAGAGUGAAAUUCAUGCCAGUACUUGCUCCUGCCCUCUACCAGAUAUCUUGGCAAAGUCUUCGCUCUUCUUAAACCAGUUGGAGUUCUCAAAGUCUUGUCCAUAAGGUCUGAUAACAGCUUGUUAGGUCAGUCCUUGGAUGAGAGCCAAUUCUGGGCGAUGGGGAGGAAUAUUGUAACAAGAAGCAGAAAAACACUCACCCCUAUCAUUCAGAAUUUAUUUUAUCUCCUCUAAGUUUGCCUGUUUGUUGGUGGCUACUUUGAUUUGAAAUGCUUUGAGUGAAAAACACUUUUAAUGCCAAAACAGCCACAGAAAUCAAGUGCCAGUUUAUCUAUAAUCCAUGUCAUUACAGUGAUGAUUCUGUCCAUUUGGGGCAUAGAACUUAUGAUGCCAUGGUUGUUAAAAAAGCUGUGAGUCCAAGAUCAAGAAGGUGACUGAAGACAUAAUUGCCUUUUAUAAAACAUAUCGGUCAUGGUUGGUGGAGAGCUGGCUGAGGUGGUGCAGAGCCAGCCGACCGUUCUUGCUGAGAUGGGUUGGUCAGUGUGCAGAAGGCACCAGAACUCUGCAGCCAAUGCCUCUUGAUUCGAAUAGUUAUCAUGAGCAUGAGAGAGGGCUGACCUGCCUGCCAGGAUCCCUCUGGGUGACGUUUACUGCACAGUACAUUCAGAUGAUGGUGCCCAGAAGUUUAUUAAGACACAUUUACUCAACUGGGCUAUAUUACUGGAAAUUGCAGUUCCUACUUCAGUUGGCUGCUGUUCUAAAGCUGUGCCUAGAAAUUUGGGGGUCAGAAUCCACUGAAAUAUGGCAGCAUGUGGAGGUGACAGCCAGUUAACCUGCUGAACUGGUUCGAUCAAUGAUGGACCUCAUUUUAAGAAGUUGAAAAGAAGGGGACCAGGAUGAAUGUACUCUUUGAAUAUUAGCUAAAGAACACGUGGACCUGAAAUCACUAAAUUUUAAAUCUCAAAGGACCCUACCCACACCACAGUCUGUGAAUCAUGUUUCACCUUGUGUUUCUAUUGUCCUUAUCCAAUGAAAGAGUUGUCUCUUAUGCUCCAGCCUACCGAGGGAAGAAUUUGCUUUAAAAUGGAGAAAACAGUGUCUUUUUUUUUUACCCCCCUUGAUGACUUCUCUACAAAUUUGUUUCCAACAUGAAAGCCACUCAGAUCCUCUCUGUCAGUUAGUAUGUGUGUAAAGCUGUCUUGGUUUCACUCAUGGGCCCUGUCCCCACCUGUCCCGGGGGUCUGAACAUCUUCAUCUUUCUUGGGGGCGCUGUUGGCUUUUGGUGUUGUUUCUCCAACACAGUGGGGACAGUGGUUUUCAUAACCACCAAGUAGCACCAGUAUGAGGGGAGUCCCCGAGAAACAUCCUGAGAAGGUGGGUGGAAGGUGGGAUGGGGCAGGAUUUUUCCCCCCUAAAUAUAUGCUGGAGAAGUGGGAAAGGGACAUUUGGCAUCCUAGCUGGCAAGAGGAGGUCUGUGUGUAUUUUUGAUGUAGAUUCCAUACUCCGUGUUCAUAAAGGCAGCUGGUAGCUUCUUGGGAAAAAAGGACGUGCUCGUCUGUGCUCUGGCGUCAGGUUUCCUGCAGCUGCUGGGGAGCACAUGAGCUACAAGAAUGGUCUCCCCCAGAAACCCAGGCGGCUUGUGGAAGAGACGUUCCAUGUCGUCGUGGUAGAAUCCAGAAUGAGCACAGCACUGCCCGUGUGCCAGCGUGCUGCUGCUCCAUCCUGGGCACGUGUGAUAUGAAGGAGAGUGGGCAGUGCAGACCUGCUGACAUCUGGAAGGUCGCUUUGAAACAUCAUCCAAGACAGUUCUCCUUGAGGCCAAGAAGUGGCGUUUGUCUCAAGAAAAUCAGUUGCAGCCAUCUUGAGGGUGGCUACUCAGCUUUCCAUGUGAAAUAAGGCAUCUCUGACAAAGUAGCUGCAGGACAAACUGGAGGAGUAGGGCUAGGAGUGGGAGCACAGGCGAAGGGCCAGCCUACCAAGUAAUGAAGCCACAGUGUGAGUGUCGAACUCAGACUACGUCGAGAAAUCCAACUUCCUGCUUUUGCCUUCCUAGUUGUGCUUCUCAUUCCGGGCAACAAGAGCGGGUAUAUUGCAGACUAAGGCAGAACGUCUGGCGGUGCUACAUAUUUUGACUCACACAUCUUCCUGCACAGUGGGAAUGGUAAGGAGUUAUUCAGAUAAAAGACCUGUAAGUCCCAAGCUUUUAGACAUUAGAGAAGUAAGACUAUAAGGGUAAACGCAGUGAAAGGCCUUGAUUCCAUGAGUAAGUGACAGGUGGCUAAGUUAAAUGAUGCCUUUGGGCAGGAGGCCAGGGAUAGGACCAGAGAGUUGAAAGUGGAGGGGGGAAUGAUCUUAUUCCUGACAAAGGAAUGACACACCCUUCUUCCAAAAGAAAGAUAACCCCACAGUCCUCAACCACACAGUUUGGCUCUCUUUAGGAGCCAGGAAUUGUACUCUGUGUCUUUAUUGGAGAGAGGUGGACAAAUUCCACUGUGAAGGUUGUUAGCUAUUUCAAGUGGGGUUGGGUGUGAGGACUUCACUCUUGUUGGGAAGCUGUGAUGCCUCUAGGGACACCAAUGGCACAGACCAGGUGUCGGGAAAAGAGCUGUAUGAUGAUACAUGGCAAUGAUUAGUCUUUGUCAGAGACUCCAGAAUGGUGGGACUGCAGCACAGUGAAGCACUCCUGUGGGGGCCCGUUGAGGUCAUGCAUUGUUUCCUGGUCUUCCUGUGGUUUUCAAGAGAAGCUGAGAAUCUUGAUUCUUUUUUUUUUUUUUUUAAGAUUUAUUUGUGCAUACAGAACUGGGGUACAGGCCAG